UUUCUUUUAAAAUUGUCUUUACAGAGAAAUGAAAAUAUUCAAUGAUUUUUAUCCCCCAUAUUACUCAGUCCUCUUCAAAGUUCAGUACUUUUUCAGAUUAUUGUUAAUGGCGGAAAUCUUUAAGCUGCAGGGUUUUUGUAUUUUUUUAAUGUUUUUAUAGCAUUGAAAUUGUAGAUAUUAACUUUAAAUAAAGACAUAAUUAUGUUUUAUAUGCCUUAGGUUGUUUGAAAAUCGUUUCUAUCUUUUAUGAUAGAGUUUUACUCGGGAAGAUUUUUUGCUAAUAAUAACUGUUUAAAAGGUUGGGUUUUCGUUUUCUCUUUAAGUGUUUUCACAUUUUUUUCACAAACAAUAACAACCUUAAAUACAUAAAAAGACAUCCAUAUUUGCACAUGAGACUUUGAUCUACCAACUUGAUACCAGACACUUUACCAGAGCAAGGUCAAGGAUUUUUUUUUCUUUCUUUAUCAAGCUCUUCUGCGUGUUGUAUAAGAAAGCCACAGUUAUUUGCAUUUAAAAAAUAGACCUGGGCCACGAUAUGUUCACAAAAAAGACUGAAUGUAAUUCUUAAUGAGUUAAAACUACAGAAACUACGGAUAGCAUCUUUACUAAAGAGAGUUCUUUCUCGCUCUGCCUACACACACCUGAAGGAUAAAGCAUAUGACCCACGCAUCACUUUGUGGACUGGUAGCAAGGGUGUUUAUUAAUCAAACAAACUAGAUAAUAAGCACACAAAUGAGGGAUGACAUUUAAGUGAGGAUAAGAAAGUAAAAAAUGAAAUGAAUGUUAUAUUUGUUAUAUUUUCUUUUUUAUGUAUGGUUAAUGGCCAAACAUUCGAAGUUUGUGGAACGAAUGCGACGAGUUGUAAAACAUUAACAUGUCUGAACGAGUACUGCAUGUACACAAUUUGCAACGAACAGCGCGCAUCGUUUGGCUGCCAGUUAGCUACAGUUUUUUCAGAUGCCUGUGGUGUCAAUGUUUGGGGAGAGCCAUGUAGUGGAGUAACAAAAUAUCUAAAAGUGAAUUAUACCUGUGUGAAGAAAGAAAGCUUAAACUACUGGUCUUCAUGGAGCUCUUGGACCUUAUGUUCUACCAGUCUUGGCAUCAGAUACAGAAACAAAUCUUGCAUCAAUCCACCAUAUAAACAAUGCACGAAAAGUACGUGCAAAGGACGAUCUUUACCAAAUAAUAUAACAGAAAGUCAAAAUUGCGUGAAAGUUUACCCUUCAUCAACAGCAAACAUACAACCUACCUCCGUAAACACGAUUGCACUCACAAAAGUGGUAGCUACAUCUACAAUUUCACCAGUACGAGAAAGCUCUGUUGCACCUUCCGUUGCCAGUACAACAUCGCCAUUGUGUACCAUCGUCUCGAUAGCUGGUACAAAUAGAUUCGCUAAAGUAUAUAUGGAACUGCAUUUAAGAAUCACCUGGAAAUUGUUUUGUUGCUCACUAGAUGUGUUCAAAAAGAGUAUUGCAACUUUAGUUGACGAUAUUAAGGAACUUCAUCACGUAUUUAUUGCAAAUCUUCAGCAAUGUAAUUCUACACACAGUGCAGAUGCUUUUGUUCAUUUGCUUAUUGAAUCAGAAGCAAAUAAGGUUGAUGAAACAUUAACAAGAAAGCUACAUGGAAAGAUGGAAGAAAUUUUAAAAGGAAAUGACACCUCAGAGGUUGGAAAAUACUUCAAAGACCUAAUUCGGGAUAUAAAAUUGAUAGAAGUAAACGAAAAGAAUGAAACGAAGAAGAUUUGGAAAACAUGGAAAAUAGUUAUCAUUGUUGCUGUUUCAAUUGCGUUCGUUAUUUGCCUUGCAAUUUUUAUUUUGUGGAUUAAGUCACGUGUCUUUCAAGAUUUUUUACUAUGCCAAAAUUGCUAUAUACCAUCGAGUUUUAUUAAUGUUAACAAAAUCCGGCGGCUGAAAGUGGACAAAGUAAAGUUCGAUCAAGGCUUUCAUAACACUCAGAACAAUGAGGUAACCAUAGAAACAGCCAGCAACUCGAUAGUAAGUUUAAACAGCUCUAUUAAUUACAAUAUUCCCAAUGGACACGAAACAGAUUAUGAUAGAAGAAUGAAAUCAAACGUAGAAAGUAGUAUUUGCAAUAAAUGUCAUUGCGGCAAGAUUUUUGAUUUACGACAUAACUGCAUACCUGUACUAAAGCACUUCAUCUGA